ACAGGCUGCAAAGAUGGAGAGUUUAACUGGAACACAUAUGUAAAGAACUGUAGGGGUCAACUGGCCCCCAAACAUCUCUUCAAGAGUCUUAAUACAUCGGUCACACCGUCAGGAUUCCGUGCCGGGAUGAAGCUGGAAGCCGUUGACAGGAAGAACCCAUCACUCAUCUGUGUUGCAACCAUUGCUGCUGCUGUCGACAACCGACUCCUCAUUCACUUUGACAACUGGGAUGAUUCGUAUGAUUAUUGGUGUGAUGCCAGCAGUCCAUACAUUCAUCCGGUAGGGUACUGUGAGGAGGCUGAGUUAAUGCUCACUACACCUGCAGAUUAUAAGCCUCCCAAGGUUUUUACUUGGGAGAAGUACCUUGAGGAAACUGGAGCCCAGGCUGCACCAGCAAGAGCCUUUAAACAGAGACCACCACAUGGCUUCCAAGUUGGGAUGAAGCUGGAGGCAGUGGAUAAACGUAAUGCCAUGCUUAUUCGUGUAGCCACCAUCUCUGAUGUAGAAGACCACAGAAUCAAGAUCCAUUUUGAUGGCUGGAGUGAGGAGUAUGAUUUUUGGCUAGAUGCUGAUAGCCCAGAUCUGCACCCAGUAGGCUGGUGUCAGAAGACAGGUCAUCCUCUACAACACCCCAACGGUCCCAGAGAUUCUCCAGUGCCUCCAGGACAAGGCUGCCCAACCCCAGGAUGCAACGGAGUCGGACAUAUUAGAGGACCUCGGUAUGGGACACAUUACACAGCGGUGAGCUGUCCAUACUCAGAUUUGAAUUUGAAUAAGGACGGGCUGGUGCCGGACAGACUGAACGGGGAGAGGCCGGUCACGCUCAGUGGACCUCCGCGCCACCGCCGUGCUGAAAUGCUCACUCAGACGCACCCUCCCACACCCAGCGCCAGCACCCCUGAAGCCCCUGACACCACCACAGACGCCUGUCCACCAGCUCGCUCAGUGCGUGAGCACGUUGUGUCUGGCAGCGCUCCCAAAUGUGUCAAGCCACCUCAAGUGAAGCAGGAAGGUGACGGGAAAGAUUCUCUUCAGCAGCUCCUGCAUGAGUCUGUGUUUUGUGGAUGGGAGCCACCGAGGUUUCAUCUGUGUUGGGAAAAGCAUGGAAAACUCUUGCCUGAAGCUUUAGGCCUCACGGCUAAGAGAGUGGCCAAGUGGAACACAGAAGAGGUGGCAAGUUUUGUAAGAGGGCUGCCUGGCUGCAGAGAGCAUGCUGCCACCUUUAGGAAAGAGCAAAUCGAUGGCGAGGCCUUCCUGCUCCUUACUCAGUCAGACAUUGUUAAGAUUCUGAGUAUCAAGUUGGGACCCGCUCUUAAAAUUUAUAAUUCAAUC